AUGCACCUCAGCGAGUCGGACAUCCACACUUUCCGGAAUGCUUUCCUGCAGCCCAAGGAUUGGGGUGCGGGCGAGCGACCGUACUCCCAUGCCGCACAACUUGGUGCAAAGGUUGCAACGCUGCAUGCGGACUUCGAGCGACUGCAGAUCCUGGCCGCCAGAGUUUUCGUGGCUUUGCAGGGUCUCAACGGCUGUGUGGGUUCUCCGAGCUCGCGGCAGGCAUCACACCGCUGCCGUGGGUCUGCCCGGCGUCUGGAGACGGCAGUCGCGGCGGUGCGCAAGUCGGUGCAGCCGGAAGAUUCAGGUGACCUUGAAGAGGUCUGGACGGGUCUUGGGAGCUUCCUGACAAUUCGCCGAUGGCACUGGGCUGCCGCUGCUGCGGCAGCAAACGUCACCCGUGGCGCCCGCAGCAUCACGUUGGCAUUCGCCGCGGCCUUGGAGCUUUGUCACGGCCUGGCCCGUCGCCUGGAGCUUUUCAGGUGGCACUUGUCUUACUUCCUGGUGGCCCAGCUGUUGCCAGACAUGCCUGUCGAGGUGCAAUUCCACGACUAUUGCUGUAGUAGUGGCGAAGUGAUUGCGAGCAUUGUCCGGCAAAGCGGUUUUACCAGCGACAACAUCACAUUGGCAGAGGUUGGGGUUGAGACCGGCGAGACCUCGGCUGAAUUGCUAGCGCUUCUGCCGGAGCGAGUGCGGCUGGUCGGAGUAGAUCCCUUCAAUUACCAGGUCACCGCUGCGCAGCUGACGGGUCUUGAGAAGGAGCAGAGAGAGUUGCUGUCCUUGCGCUACAAGCAGUGGUGGUUGCGAGGUAUCGAGGCUGCAGCUGAGGCAGUUUACAGCGCCGCCCCUGAACGGGCUGAGCUGCGAAAGACAACUUCUGCCGAGGCGGGCGAGCGCUUCAUCGAGGGUGCAGACCUGGUCUUUCUGGAUGCCGACCACUCUUCGGUCGCAGUGGCUCGAGACAUCGAAGUCUGGUUGAGGGUGUUGGUAGCCAGACCUGGUGUGGGCCGGCGCGUGCUGGCAGGGCACGACUUCACUCUCAUGUUCCCGGGUGUGCUGAAAAACGUGCUGAACCUGGCUGCCGAGCUUCGCGCGGGCCAUGGUCACCUCCACGGCUCAGGAGUAUUGAAUCUAGCCACGAACAGCGUAUGGUGGUUCAACUUGCGGAAGCUCUGA